AUACACUAUACAGUUACUAAACAUUAGUGGCAUUAGUGCAUGCUGGAUUAAAAAAUAUUUACUUUUAAUUUAUUUAAUUACAAAAAUGUCUAACAAUGGGGAAAAGUCUUCCACAUCAAACGGCUUGGCUCCAGAUCCACAGCAGAGGCUGGCUUCGUUAAAACCAACCCGAGAUCUUACCUUGGGCGGAGUAAAACCUAACAAAAAAGUGUUUACACCGAAUUUAAACGUGGCUAGGAACAAAAACAAGGGACCGAAUUUAAACGCAGCUAGAGACCACAAAAGAGACGACAAAGGCAAGAGGGACCGUAAAAAUGAUAAAAACAGGAACAUAAAAAAUGGACCAAAUGUCAUCAAAUCUUCUGGUGUAUUCUCUGAAGGACUGGGGGCAGUGGAGAGGCAGUCCGGGCGCUUCGGGUCUUACGGCAACCGGGAUAGUGGAGGUGCACCAGCUGCUACUCUUCAGAAACCUACCAUUAGAGUCAGAGAUUUUGUCAAAGUUGACAAAGACCUGGAAGACCAGAAAAUAAGAAGAGUCAUGGGCCAGGACAGCCCCGAGGAUGAGGAAUACGAGGACUUCAAACAGGUGUCAGAAAAAGACGGUCCAAUCAAACUGCCCAUGGAUGCCGGAGCAUGGGACCGCCCAAAGCCGGUGCAGGUAAAACAGGAGGUGGUCGUGAAGGCGGAGCCCGGCGAGGACGCCCCGUGCACCAUAGCGACAGUGCCAGCUCCCAUCCUAAAGAAGGAAGUGUUUGAAGAAAACGACGUGGUCAACCUGCUCAAGAAUGACCAACCCACGCUCAUACUGCUACAGUUGCCAGAUUGUCUGCCGGGGCGCGGCGGCGGCGGCGAGCCGGAGCCCGGCACGUCGGGGGCGGGGGCGGGGGCGGGCGCGGGCGCGGGGGCGGGGGACAACAAGGAGGAAGUACCGCCUACCGACGGCAGAUGUCGCCUGAGUGACCUGGAGGAGGGCCGCAUCGGCAAGCUUCGAGUGCACGCGUCCGGCCGCGUCACACUCGCACUGGGUGACACCAUUUUUGAGGUCAGCACCGGCACAAAGGCAGCCUUCUACCAAGAAGCAGUCUCCGUGGCCGCAGAUGACUCCUCGCGCACCGCGAACAUGAUCUCUCUGGGACCCCUACAACACAAACUCAACCUCACGCCUGAUUGGGAAGCCAUGUUCCAAGAUAUGCUUGUGUAGUCAAAUCAAAAGGCAUUACAUAUAAGGUGGCUAAAAGAUUCACAAACUGUAUAAAUAUAAUGUCCUGGCAAACGCAUAAGGCAAUUAUAGGACGCAUAAGGUACUUAUAGAUAUACUUACAUAAUAACUCUUAUAAGUAUAUUAUAAAUACUAAAUAGUAUACAUAUAAUAUGUAAAUGUGAUUGCGAAAACUGCCAUGUGCGAUUGCCAAGUCAUUCUAUUUAUGAAAACACUGUCUAAUUUUUAAGAUGUUAUUUUUUGCGGGAUGGCUGGUUUACAUUGACUAUUAAAAAAAUGCAGCAAGACAAAUUUUUGUCACUUGAGUCCAUUUUAUGGGAAUACACAAUUCCUAUAUAUAACUGUUAAACAGUGAGUUUAGCAGUAUGUAAAUAUACAUAAAUAAGGAUCAGUUGCACUUAACUGUUUGUCAUCGUUAAAGAUUUCGCAAAGUUUUAUUGUAUGGAAAGUUUAAUAGUAAACCGCCGCGGCGCGCCGGGUGACGUUGAUCAGUCUGUCAAGUGCGGAUGAUGCAACUGGCACUAUGUGUCGUUAUAAGUGAUACUUUUGUAUGUGAAUAAAAGAAAUGUUAA